UCACCCUCAGGGACACAGCAGGAGGUGGCACUGAGGACGCUGCGGGCAGGAUCGUUCCGGGGAGCAUCCAUGAUGUGGGAACUGCGCUCCAUCGCCUUCACCAGGGCCGUCCUUGCGGAAUUCCUGGCCACUCUGGUCUUCGUCCUCUUCGGCCUGGGCUCGGCCCUGAACUGGCCCUCGGCGCCGGCCCCCAGCACGCUGCAGAUCGCGCUGGCCUUCGGCCUGGCCAUCGGGACGCUGGUGCAGGCGCUGGGCCACGUCAGCGGCGCCCACAUCAACCCCGCCGUGACCCUGGGCUGCCUGCUGGGCUCGCAGCUGUCCCUGCUCCGUGCCCUCUUCUACGUGGUGGCACAGCUGCUGGGCGGCGUGGUGGGCGCUGCCAUCCUGCACGAGGUCACCCCGGCCAGCGCCCGCCAGGGCCUGGCCCUCAACAAGCUGAACAAUGAGACCACGACGGGGCAGGCGGUGACGGUGGAGCUGUUCCUCACCUUCCAGCUGGUCCUGUGCGUCUUUGCUUCCACAGACGAGCGGCGUGAGGACAACCUGGGCUCCCCUGCCCUCUCCAUUGGCCUCUCUGUGGCCGUGGGGCACCUCCUCGGGAUCCGUUACACCGGCUGCUCCAUGAAUCCCGCCAGGUCCUUCGCCCCCGCUGUCGUCGUGGGAGACUUCAGCGACCACUGGGUGUUCUGGGUGGGCCCCCUGAUCGGGGCUGCAGCAGCUUCCAUCCUCUACAACUACGUGCUGUUCCCUCAGGCCAAAACCCUCUCGGAGCGCUUGGCCAUCCUCAAGGGCUGCGAGCCCGAGCAGGACUGGGCCGAGCGCGAGGCGCGGCGGCGCCAGUCCGUGGAGCUGCACUCCCCCCAGACCCUGCCCAGGGGGAUGUCUGAGAAGGUGUAGCCAAACCUCUCCCUGGGCCGAGAGAGGAGCUGGAAACCUCUGGCACGGUUUUAGUGCUCGUCCAGAGGAGCAUCUCACCUCUCCCCUCUCUCCCUUCGUUUCUCCUGGGGCGCUGAAGUUGACUCCUCUCCCGGGGAGAUGUGCGCUGGUCCCACCCACCUCAUGUCCCCAGCUCCCCCCAUGCCCGGGGGGUUCUGAUCUGGGGGAGAGCCAGUAAAUCCCAACCCCGCAGGAACGAGGGAUCUCCCCAGGAUGCCCUCUUCCACGUCCCCCUCGCAGGACACAGAGCUUGGCCCAGGCUGUUCCCUCCCGGAGAGCUCCAAGGAGCCUGAAGAGUGUUCAUUACCCUGGGUGUGGAGGUUGCCACCCGAUGCCUCAUUGCUGCUGCGCUCUGCUCCCGUCUCGGGUCCCUGCUGGGCUCUUGGCUCACACACAGGAGCAGGAGCAGGAGCAGGAGCAGGAGCAGCAGCAGGAGCAGGAGCAGGCGCGCUCACUCUGAGCCAUGAGUCCCACACAUGACAGGUUCUGCUGUGAAAGGGACCAAAAUGCCAUUUCCCACCCGCCACGGGGCACAGAGGUGCUCCCACAGGGGCUUUCCUGGGAAGAUGGGACUGGAAGCGUGGCCAUGAGUCCCUGCAGGCCCCACUGGGGAGCACUUGCAAAUUCUCCCUCCUGUGAAACAACAAACCCGGGUUACAGCCCAAACUCAUACCCACCUUAUUGUUGGGCCAGGGUUGUCCUUCCUCUCUCUCCCUGAUUUUCCCUUCUUUCAUCUGGUCCUGUUCCCCUUGGACGCUCAGAUCACCUGGAACGAUUUCACAGCCAGCGUGUUCCAGGUGUGAAGAACCAGAAUCAUGGAAUGGGUUGGAUGGGAAGGGACCUCAAACCCCACCCAGUCCCACCCCUGCUGUGGGCAGGGACACCUCCCACUAUCCCAGGCUGCUCCAAGCCCCGUCCAACCUGACUGUGGACACUUCCAGGGAUCCAGGGGCAACCACAGCUGCUCUGGGAAAUCCAUUCCAGGGCCUCCCCACCUUCACAGGGAGGAAUUCCUUCUCAUCUCCAUCACUUGCUUCUCACAGCCCUUUUUCAUGGCUGCAUCACUCCAGACCCUCCAAACCCCUCCCACACCUUCCCUCUGCCCUCUCAGGACCUGGUCAUCGUCCUCAGCCUGGCCAAGGAAUUUGGGUUGGUCUUGGGUGAACUUUGCUCUUUCAGCCAUUGAUUUAACCCCAUUUCACUUGCUCUGCCCCAAGUUCUCCAUUCCCAGAGUGGAUCCCAGCAGUGUGUCCAGCAUUGCCCCACCAGUGUCAGCCCCACCAGGAUUUCUCUGGAAAAGGUGUUAUGGGAAUAUUCAGUGAGACUGGGCCCAAUUCCAAAUCAUAGGGGUGAUUUAUGGAUCAUUCUGGAUCAUUUCCCUCCCCCUGUUCCGACAGGGAACCCCUCACCAGAGGAUGCUCUUCACUCUGCUCCACUGGCACCAUCCCCUCCUCCCAUCAGAUCCAUCCUUGCCUUCCUCCCCGUGCUCUUCCUCAGAUGUUGGAGUGGCUGUUGCUGGAGGGGUGAGGAGGGAGCCCAGCUUUGAUCUGGCCCAGACCUGGUGUUUAUCCACAGCCAAUCCAUGCAAAUACCCGCAGAGGGCUUUGCCAAGGCAGCACUUCCAGCCCUGGUUUGAUCCACCCAAAACCAGGGAUUCUGCUUCCCUUUGCUCCUUGAUGGUGAAUUUGAAUUUUAGCUCAGAAGAGGCUUCUCAAAAAUUCCCUCUGUUCUCAGCAAUGGCAAUAAAUCAAUCCCAGUGUCAAAUUGUA